ACUUUCAUAUAGUGAGUAGGGAAAAUGGCAAGCCUCGUACCCUCCCAUGUUAAAAACACAAAUCGUGGCGAGUCCAGCAAACAGGACUCUGACGGAACCUGUGUUGGAAUUUGUCCAUAGCUAUGAUAUCUAUAAUCAAUUAAGUAAGAAAAAAUAUGGUGUAGUUUAUGAGAAAAUCGAUCUCAUACUCGGUGAUACUGCAUUUUCUCCGCUUCGGAGCCGAGCCCUCAUGCUCCACAGUGACGACUCCUCCAAUGUGACGUUGUAUACGGUGAGAUUCAAUAUAUGAAAAGAUGUAACGAAAGUUCAAAGGAUUCGAAGAAAAAGAAACAAGAUGAGAACCCCUUUUCCUUUAAAAAGUUCCUUGAAUCAUCUGGAUCAGGUACCAAACCCAGAGACAGAAAUGGCAGGGCAUAUCACCUGCAGCGGACCUCUCAGAAUACUCCAGACUUUGCCACAGACCUCCCAGACUUUGUACAAGAUCAUUUUCAGGACAGUCCUGCAGAUUCCCAAUUACCUCCUAAGUUAGAUUUCCCUCUCCCAGAUUUAGGAUUUCCUAAUGAAUCAACACAGAGAGGUUCAUCAAAUUCAUUUAAUGAACAGUUUUCAGUGAGAAAUGAUGAUUCUAGAAAUUUAUCUUCAGACAGUUUAAGGGCCAAGGGUGUGUUCACUCCUAACAAUAGUGCAAGUGACUUGGUUUCUGGUAUUGGUGAGGUGAAUGUAAACAAUAUUGAUGUUGAUGACAUCAUGCUAAAUCGUCCUCAUGUUCCUACCAGUCUCCCAGAUUUCAUCACUGAUGGUAUAUUAAGAAAUGCAGACAGCUCUCAAACUAAUGACAUGUUCUUGCCAAAACCUCAAGACUAUCAACAAAAAGGUCCACAGACUGUGAAAAAUGGAACAAAUCGGGCGGAGGAGCGUGAAAGGCUGAAGACAGAAAAUGAAUCAUUAAAACAACAGCUGGAGGAAGCCAAAAAUAGAACUGCAAUAGAAACAAACAGGUGCAAUAAGCUGAAUAAAGAAAUGGAAGCAGCUCAAAAGAAGGAAGCAGAGGACACAGCAGCCAUGGAGAAAAUGCUGGAGGAGGUGGAGGCCAAUUUACUUACAACAACAAAAAGGGCUGUGGCUGCUGAGAACCAGUUGACUGUUUUACAGAAUCGUGUCACAUUUCUGGAGAAUGAGAACAAACUUCUGAAGUCUGGUGACAAAGGGCUAGCAGAUCUAAAGGAGAAGACAACAUAUGUUUCUCAACAGUUGGCCACAGUAGUUUCAACUGCAGAGCAAAAUCUAAAGCAUAUGUUGUCAGGAGUGGAAAACUUAAGGGUCAUGUCUCAAGUGUUGAAAUCAAUAGACAAAAUCUCAGACACAGAGGAUGAUUCAUGUGAAAGCUCAAGUCGUCCAAAAAACAACAGCUGACCCCAGACAUAUCGCAGGUCAAAGUUCAGAGCAGGGGAGGUUGUGCUGUGUCACUAGAUAACGGGAACGUAACGAGAUCGAGUAAAAGAGACAUUGAUUAAUUAGUAAAAACAUUUUGAUCAGUGAAAUAUAAUUAUAAAACAAUGAUUUGUGAAAGGACUUAUAUAUGAGAAAGGGCACUAUUUGUACUAUUUACAUUUUAAAAAGCUUUAAAAUUUUACAGGAGGUCAAGAAAAACUGCUAUCCCAUACAUAUAUAGUCCUUUUGUCAGAUUCUAAAUAUUACAAAAUACUGAUACUCUUGUACCAUAAAUGAAAAUCAGUCCUUAUUAGCCUGUGUACUUUAAAGGGGGCGGGGCUUUUACAGCAUGACAUACCUUUGGAAUUUUAGAAUUCAGACAAUGUUGAUCAACCCUUCAUCACCUAUUUGCAAUAUACAUUGUAGCAAGAUGAUAUAGAUUUAUUUUGUAGUAUCAUUAAUGUUUAUAUAUUUUUACGAUAUCAUAAUUUAUUUAUAAAUUAUGUAUUUGAAUGUAUAAAGGACCUUUCUAUGUUGAUUGAGCUUUUUGUCUUCAGGCCACCAUUAAAAAUAUUUUUGUGUGAUGUACUCCGACCCACAUUUUUCAAGGUGGGUCGGUAGGUAGGUUGUUUUUUUUUUUUUUGGAACGUCAUGAAAUUUUCUAAUAUUUUCUUUUAAAAUAAGGAGAAUUUUCUAUUUUUCAAGGGAACCAAAAAAAAAAAAAAAAAAAUCAAAUUGCUGAAAAAAAUGAUUGGGUAGGAGCAAAUUUGAUGGGUCGGUCGGAGUGUGUUUAUCAGGUUCAAUUCAAUAUAACUAUCAUCAAAUCAGAGGGACCGUAACAACAUGAAAAUUGUUAAUAUUGACCGUUUGUAAUGUUUACAUAAAUUUGAAUUCAUUUUCAA